CGACGUCACGCCGACAUCAGUAGUAAACAGAAAGCGCAGUAGCGGGGACGCGAGACGUCCGCGCCGAGGAUGACUGAGGGUUGCGGCCAUUCCUCCGUGUGCGCGCCUGCUGUCACGAUCCGCCAAGGGAGCUGAACUGCAUCUGAAGUGGACGUAAUGGCGACGGGCGGCGGUACGGCUAAUAACGCCGGGGGAGAAGCGUCCAACCUCUCGCGUUCCGCGGCUGGGAGAGGUGCGACCGCCGCGGUCACAGCCGCGCCGCUUUGUCCGCCGGUAAUGGGCCUCCACCGAGAGCCGAUGUACAACUGGCAAGCCACCAAGAGCUCAGUGAAGGAGCGCUUCGCGUUUCUCUUUAACAACGAGCUGCUGAGCGACGUGAGGUUUGUCGUGGGCAAAGGCCGACUGGCCCAGCGCAUCCCGGCGCACAAAUUCGUGCUGGCAGCUGGAAGUGCCGUCUUUGACGCCAUGUUCAACGGGGGUAUGGCCACCACGUCUGCGGAGAUCGAGCUUCCAGACGUGGAACCAGCUGCCUUCCUCGCUUUGCUCAGGUUUCUCUACUCGGAUGAAGCGCACAUCGGUCCGGAAACAGUGAUGACCACCCUGUACACCGCGAAAAAGUACGCGGUACCGGCCCUGGAGGCGCACUGCGUGGACUUCCUCACCAAGCACCUGCGCGCGGACAACGCCUUCCUGCUGCUGACACAGGCCAGACUGUUUGAUGAGCCCCAAUUGGCCAGCCUGUGUCUGGACACCAUUGAUAAAAGCACAGCUGAUGCCCUCAAUGCCGACUGCUUCACCGACAUCGACUUGGACACGCUGUGCGCCGUGCUGGAGAGGGACACGCUGGGCAUUCGAGAGAGCCGACUCUUUGGCGCCGUGGUGCGCUGGGCAGACGCCGAGUGUCACAGGCAGCAGCUUCCACUAACUCCGGAGAACAAACAAAAAGUUCUGGGGAAAGCGAUGUCACUCAUACGCUUCCCACUUAUGACUGUGGAGGAGUUUGCGGCAGGGCCUGCCCAGUCUGGAAUAUUGUUUGAUCGGGAGGUGGUAAAUCUGUUUUUACACUUUACAGUAAACCCCAAACCCCGCGUUGACUACAUUGACAGGCCAAGGUGUUGUCUCAGGGGACAGGAACGCAGCAUUUGUAGGUUUCAGCAGGUAGAGAGUCGGUGGGGGUACAGCGGAACCAGUGACAGAAUUAGGUUCAAUGUAAAUAGACGUAUAUCAAUAGUGGGGUUUGGACUUUAUGGUUCUAUUCACGGACCGACAGACUAUCAGGUCAAUAUUCAGAUAAUUGAGACUGAUAAAGGCCAGAUGAUUGGACAGAAUGACACAGGAUUCAGUUGCGAUGGCACAGCGAACACGUUCAGGGUGAUGUUCAGGGAGCCCAUCGAGAUCCUACCCAACGUGAGCUACACUGCUUGUGCCACUCUGAAGGGUCCAGAUUCUCACUAUGGCACAAAGGGCUUAAAGAAGGUGGUUCAGGAAACAUCACCGGGGACCAAGACGACAUUUUUCUUCUUCAGUUCCCCUGGGAAUAAUAAUGGUACAUCAGUGGAGGAUGGGCAAAUACCUGAAAUUAUUUUCUACACCUAAAGCCCCGAGCUUUGCCGUCCAGAGUGUUAAGGUGGAAUGCUAGUAAUGCGACCCAGAAGACGACUGCUCGCCGUUGGAUGUUGCCAAGGAGAUUUGACAUUGACACUACAUCGAUUUCGGAUUUCACAGCGUGUUGGCGUUAACUCCAUGAAUGUGACUUGAGAUGCUGUUCUCCAGACACUGAUAGAGUUGCAUUUCAGAAUGCUAUACAUACGACAAACACAAGCAACUGUUAUCUAGUAUGUAAAUAGCAUAAAAGGUUCAGUGAUGUUUGGAGUUCGGUUGUUACUGUACCGGUGCUUGUUCUCCCAUUGCUUGAUAUCAGCUGUGCAAUUUACAGUAAUUACGGGAGAGGGCGCCACCGUUAUGAGCGGUCUCUGAUUUUACGUUGAUACCCGGAAGGCAGGUUUUGCAUAGGAAAAUAUAUGUGCAUCGAGAAAAUUAUAUGUGCACUUAAAGAUUUAGAAUUCUAUAUCUUAAUUAAUAGAGAAUAAAACACUCCAAAAUAUACAUACCAUCCCGGUCAGGGUGACAAGGAACUUCAAAAUAUGUUUAAAUGACACCUUGCACUACCAAAUGCAUCCACGUUGUAAUACAAAGAGAGUAACUCAUGCUGAACGCAUUUUUAUUUCUUCCAACUAUUAUAAUUCAUAUGGCCAGUAUUUCGGUCCGAAUCGUAAAGGUGCACUUACCCGUUGAAGAAGAAAAACUUCUUGUUGAUGCACUGUUCUUCCUAAAAUGAAAAUACAAAUAUACACGUCAACAAAAUAAGCGCUACACCUUUUUCAGGAAUUUCGAUUGUUCGACAUAUGUAUGGAAUAUUUUUGAAACAAAAAUGUUCUUGUUUUACCUGUUGUUUAUUGUGAACGACUUUCACACGGGGUAUUUGGCGAGCUACCAUUAAAAUCACGUGACUGAAA